AUGAAAUCAGGAGGUGGUAAAGUUUAAUAAAGAUCCUUUUUAACAGCUCUUCAACACAAUUUGAAUCUUGAUUAUUUUCAAUGAAUAAACAAAAUGACUCUGCUAACGAUGAUAAUUUAUCAUCUUUGCUGAGUUUGGAGGACCAAGGCUCGAGAUUUAUGCAAAAAAAUAUUGAUGUUGUUGAAAGAGACAAACCGUUAUGGAGCGUUCGGCAAAAAGCGUAUGCUAAAUUCCAAUUAAAAUCUUUGCAGAACAAAAUGGAUGAAGAUGAUAAAAAUAAAAUGAUGAAUGCUACUACUUCAUGUCAUAUAUGUAAAAUAACAGUACCUCUUAAGUUUAUGAACGAGCACAUGAAUAGUAAAAAACAUAGAAUAUAUAUAAAAAUAAUUGACGAAGCUUUUCAGAGAGUGAAAAAGAAUAUCAAUAUUGUUAGCACACCUCAGUCUGUUAAUACUAAAUCAGAUUCCACCUAUUUUUGUGAAGUGUGCUGUGAAGCCAUAUCAAUAAUUGAGAGAGAUAUUCACCUAAAAUCCAUUGAUCAUGGAAAAGCCUUAAGAUAUGAUAAGGUAUUGGAGGGGUUCCUUAUAUUUUAUGAAAUGGGAAGUGCAUAUUUCAAAACAGAAGAAGGUAAUGAUAAUUCAACGAAUGAUAAAUGUGAAAUAGAUGAGGCGGUUGAAAAUAAAGCCUCUGUUGACAAAGAGACACAAAAUAUAAGUUCUAGUGGCAAAGUGUUACGUCCAUGUGAUGUUGAUUUAAACGAGAAUGUGAGUCGGGAAAAUAAUAUGACACCAUUGGUUAAAAUUGAAGGGACAUUAAAUAAUAAAUGUGCCAAGGAUUCUCUUGAAACUGUGACCGAGGAAAACAAUUUGACACUUAUGAAUGAACACAUAAAAACACAGAAUAGUAACAAUUUGUCCAUAGAAUUUGAUAAAACAAAGGAGCUAAAGUUUUAUGUGGCGGUCUUAAUAAUAACAUUCCCCGGUGUAUUAGAUAUAGGAGUUAUAAAUGAGAAUUUUGUUUUCAUAAUUUCUCAAUAA